AUGGCCGAAGCCAAAACGACGAUACCGAAUUCCGAUUCUCGUGAUACCACACGAACCUACAAGCAGCUCGUGUCGGACCUCGGCCGAGACGCACUUGUCAUUGUUGGCACCGGCGCCUCAAUUGCUGCCACGAAGUCCGGCCUCGCCAGUUGGACUGGUCUUCUGAAGAAUGGGGCCCAGGAAUGCGAAAGUCACGAGGACAGCCUACGUGGAGGGUUUGUCCAAACCCUGAAUCACCUCAUAGAUUCCAAUGACCCGGAUCAACUUCUCAGAGCUGCUUCGAUUAUUGGCGGGAAGCUUUCCAAGCUCGCUCCUGGCCAAUAUGCUCGCUGGCUCGCUGAUACAGUGGGGUCCCCCAAGGCCAAGAAUCCUGCCAUCAUUGAAGCCAUCCGCAACCUUUCUUUACCUCUUGCCACCACCAACUAUGACGGACUCCUGUCAGCCGAUAAGCAGCUAUUCCCUAUCACUUGGGCCGAGCAUUCUCGGCUCGAGAGUUUCUAUGAAAAGAAGGGCAACACCAUCCUUCACUUACACGGCUAUUAUGAAGAUCCUGAAUCUGUGAUGCUCGGCCUGGAUGACUACGAGCGCAUCAACAGUAGCGACAAGGCUGAGCACUUUCUUUGA